AUGAACUCUCCUGCAAGUCGAUACCUCCAAUGCUCCGUCUUCCUCUUCUUCACCUUCUUCUUCUUCCUGAGAGUGGAACAUGCCCUGGUUCGAGCACAGCCAGGUGGGUCGGCCCUCUAUUUUUCUUCUUAUUACCCGAUUUACAACUUAAUCCACCAAAUGGGUUACGCAGGAUUCAUCAGCGUUGACUGCGGCCUGCCCGAUGAGUCGGACUACCGAGAUGACGCCACCGGGAUAACCUACGUUCCCGAUACCCCGUACGUCGAUGCGGGGGUGACGGAGAUCGCUACGGCGGAGGGUUUCCCCAGGCGCUACCGGACCCUCCGCGUCUUCCCGCAGGGGGGCCGGAACUGCUACAACCUCCGGCCGGUGCAUCUCGGGGGAAAGUACCUGGUGCGAGCCGGGUUCUUCUACGGCGACUACGAUGGCCUGCAAAGCCCCCCCGAGUUUGAGCUGCACAUCGGGGUCAACGUCAGGCUCACCAUCCGAUUGUCGCUUAACGACAGUAGUCUCUCCGAGGUCAUCGCGGCGGCCCAGGGGCAUACCAUAUGGGUCUGCCUGGUCAAUACGAACAAGGGGACACCCCUGAUAUCGACGAUCGAAGUAAGGCCGCUCCCAAACCUCUUAUACCCCCACGCCAACGCGUCUCAGAGUUUGCAUCUCCAACGGCGCUCCAACUUCGGAACAGAGGCCCUGUUAAGGUGAAGUGCAUCUGCAUGAACAGUGCAUCCAAUGGCUACGCUCCCACCCCCUCUUUCUGUUGUCAUUACGCAGUAAAGAAGAAACUGGGUAGGGGAUUUCUUCCAUGAAUGAUCGAUGAUCAGCAUGAAUCUGAGAAGAAAAGUCAACUCGCCUGUAGGUACCCAGAAGACCCCUACGACCGCAUCUGGCUAGGCUUGGCGGGGAGUUUUCCUGUGAUUAACACCACCAGCCCUGUGGCGGCGACUUCAAAUGACUCCUUCCAGGUACCCUCGCUCGUUCUCAGGACGGCAAUCUCGGUUCCAAACGUCAGCUACAGCUUGAUCGUCCGGGCGGCCGUCGGAGAUCCGGACGACAUCGUCUACGCUGUCUUGCACUUCGCCGAGCUCCAGAAUAUGACCCGGCCAAACCAGACGAGGAUCAUGGACCUCUUCGGGGAGGGUAGAGAAGAGGGGAUACUGAGGAAUUACAGCCCACCGUUCCUUGAGGCAGAUCACGUAAGGGUCACCGACGCCGCAAUCGGACAGACGGGGAUAUACAACAUCUCCCUGAUCCCCUCGAUCGCAUCGACGCUGCCUCCGAUGAUCAACGCCAUGGAGAGCUUUCUGGUGAGGAAAGUCGACGAACUACCGACAGACCUUGGCGAUGGUGAGACCCUAUUAAUCUCCCCUUUAAAUUUCGUCACUCUAUUAAUUAUUUCGUCUCUCUGGAAAAAAGUCAAGGUUAUUAUCCCGGACUAAGUUUACCAAACGACGAGCGGCCAAACCGUGAAACCAUCAAUUUUCUCCUAUUUUUUUCUUGAAAUCAGCCCAAAAAAUUUACCGAGAUAACUCGAUAUCCCCGACUUUUUUUAGAUGGGUGAUUAGACGCAAUGAGAUGGGAGAAAGUGUUGUGGUUCUAUUUUUUCACAUCUCGACUACUUAUUUACCGCGAUCUUUUGUCCAGUUCGUGCCAUCCAAGCCAUCAGAGCAGCGUACAAGCUAAAGAGAAACUGGCAAGGAGACCCGUGUGUCCCCAUAGACUAUGUCUGGGAUGGGUUGCGCUGCGACUACUACGAUGGCUUGAAACCCCCAAGGAUCGUCUCUUUGUAAGUGGGUUGAGCCCAUUCGAUACAAAACCAAAUCAAUAUAUCCAACUCCAACCAUUUCUUGAUCUGAGUUGACUUUCUGUCAAUGAUGCAGGAACCUAUCGUCGAGUGGACUAAUUGGUGAAAUUCCGCUCUCCAUUGCGAACCUCACUGCCUUGACCACCUUGUAAGAUUUCCUCGUGUGGUUUUGGAAGUCUUUGCUGGAAGGGACACUUUUAAGGUUUAUAUUUCUUGUUGCUUUUUGUAGGGAUAUGUCAAACAACAACCUUUCGGGCUCAUUUCCAGACUUCUUGGCAGAGUUACCUGCACUUAAGUUGCUGUGAGUUUCGAGACUUUCGCUUCCCAAGUUCACACUAAUAGAAUAUCUCAGUAAUAAAAUGAUGCUCUGACCCUUUGUAUCAGGAAUUUGGUAAGCAAUAAGAUCACACUACCCUCUCGAGGCCUUUGCACAAAAUUAAUGAACAGGCGUCUUUCCUUAAGGUUCGUCCUCAUAUCAUUUCCAAGGAAUCGCUCCGGUCCUUACUUCUCAUUUGAAUAA